UAUCAUGAUAGACACCCAGGAAAAAAACUCGGAGAAAACAUAGUGGAAGGAAGCUUCCUUAUAUCUGACAUAUGUUCAAAUGACGCAUUAUAGCGCACAAAAAUAGCACCCCGAGCAAAAAAUAGCAUCCCGGCAUGCUCGAUCACAUGCUUAAUUCUUAGCUUUGUCCUAGUUUCUAUCCUCGUUCCUCUCCUGAGCGCGAGUGUAGCACACAAUUUCGGACCGUCUUGGACGCCAUCUUUACUGCCCCCAGGCAUAACGGUUUGUCUUCUCAAGGAUAAAUAGGACGAAUACACUGAUAUUCGGUUUUGGGUCCAAAAGAGCUCCACCGCAAUGCAACCAAUCCCUUGUCUCUCCGUCGAGGAUCAGUAAUGCUUCACGACGAUUGCAUCGGUGAGGGACUCUCAAGCCCCAUAGCUGCUCAAAUUCUUGAUUUCUGCGAUGACGGCCUAGGUGAUGAUCUCUUCGCUGCAGUGGCCACUACCUCCGAGCAAUUUGCAGCCUCUUCCGAGGAUGGUUCAUCGUCGUCCACAGCCACACCUCCCCUCUGCAGCAACAGCAAUGACAUCACAGCUGUUGCAGACACAGCUUUCUCCCCAUUACUCUCCUUCGACUCCACCCUCUCAGCCUUCCUUGAGCAAGAGCAAAACCCUGACCAGGACACCAAGCUACUUCCCUCCAUUGAUGAAACCUUUACUGCACCAGCAUACUAUCCAGCUGCCACCGAGGCCAACAUAGAACAAUUCAGCCAAAUAAUGGUUCCAGAGCAUACAGAUGCACCAAUGCCCCCAAUGCAAACAAACAGGACUGCCAAUGCCUUGCUGCCUCUAGCUUCAGGGUAUGACGACGAGUGUUUCACAGCAGCACUAGCUGGAGGGUACAUGGGUCUGGAUGGAACUCUGUAUGACCAAACAGGAGUAAUGAUUCCAAAUUGCAAUGUGGAGACACCACAAGUAGGAUUUUUCAACCAUAAUAGUACUAGUAACAAUGGUAUGGUGAUGGAUUUGAAUAAUUUUGGAGAGUACCAGAGGAUGAUGGAAGGUGAAGGACUGACCAGAACAUAUAGCGACACAGAUUCGAUGCAUGGGGCGUUUAAUAACGCUGCAGAGAUGCAGAUGGGAGAAAACACCCAGCACAUGGUAACUGGAUGCAAUGAUAGCCCACUAACGUUGCCUUCAACAGAAGGCUCAAGCUUGGAAGAUACCCCCUACAAAGGUGUGCGUCUAACAGCUGAACAGAGAAAGGAAAAGAUCUCCAGGUACAUAAAGAAAAGGAACGAAAGGAACUUCAGCAAAAAAAUAAAGUACGCUUGUAGAAAAACCUUGGCGGAUAGCAGGCCUCGGGUCCGCGGAAGGUUUGCCAAGAACGACGAACUCUGUGAAGCUACCAGAUCAAGCUCCCAAGAUUUUGAACAAUAUGAACAUGUUGUGGGAAUGAAGGGAGAAGACAUGCUUGAUUCUUCCAAUAUUUUGGCACAUUUGAGUGGAAUGAACCCUUACGGCUAUAAGUACAACAGCACUGUGGAAUCCUGGAUAUAAUUCUCAUAAACACACAAAUUAAAGUGUGUUUUCCUUUCAAUUGUGCAAGCAUUAAACACAGUUUUCCCUUGCUCCCAGUAAAUAAGACUGAUGCUUUAGAAGCUCUAUUCGCAAGAGAAGUGCUUAGGUCAAGUUAUUGUUUCUGCACACUACUGAUUUGUAAAUAGAAUUGUUUCCUUGUCAUAAUAGAGAUAACAAGUUUCAAGAUU